AUGACCGAUUCUCCUGUCAUGUCGAUUAGUGAGCAGGAGACCACUCCUGUCUCAAAAACUAAUCCAUCAACAGCACAAACUAAUCAAUUACAAUUAGCGAAAAACACCUCUAAACGAUCGAAAGCGUCUUUGGGUGAUGAUUCAUUCGAAUGUGAACAUAGAUUGGCUAAUUCAACAAACCAAUAUUUCAACCGAGGUGACUCACGGUCGAUUGCAAAUGGAAAUCAAAUUGGAACAGUAAAUAUGAAUGGAAAUUCUCUUCCCAAUAAACCAAAAGAAAUGAAACAAGCUGGUCGACGCCCGACCUUCCCUCCGUUUCGCAUCAAUAUUCUAAACAACAAGAAGCCAUCGGAAUUAUCGAUUAUCAAAAAUAUUAACAAACAUUGUCGCACAUCGAUUAGCUAUGGUCGAUAUGUUUCUACGACAAACAAAUCAACGUUUCUCAUUUUUGCCAACUCCGGUCAACAAUUUGAUUACCUUAUGAAUCGAAACGUCUGGCCGGUGACGCUGUGCGAAUCCGAUUACACAAUCGAAUUACCAACAAAAGUUCCUUCUUCAUAUUCGAUUGUUGCACUCGGUAUACCAACUCAAUGGGAUAUUUCUGACUUCGAAAUCGACCUAAAGAAACAAUAUCCUUCGAUCGUUAAAAUAGAACGGUUAUAUGUUCGAAAUGGUAUACCAAUGCCGAAGGUUCGCAUCGACUUCUCAUCGAAUGAAGAUACUCAACAGAUUUUAAAGAACAAGAAGCUGCUCCUCGACGACGAACACACGUCAUUCAAGGUGCAACCGUAUGUUCCACCUGUCAAAGUUCUUAGGUGUUUCAACUGUCAGCAAUAUGAUGACCACGUUGCAUCGAACUGUCCUCAAAAGGACAACCCGGUCUGUUUCCGUUGUGGUCAGAAUCAUCCUUUCGAUCCCAACUGCCGCAACAGCAUCCGAUGUGCAAAUUGCAAGCAGGAACAUAUGGCAGGGAACCCCAGCUGUCCAAUGAAAAUCGAAGCAAGAAGAAAACUUAUAGCCAAACCAGCUGAACCCGAAUCGACGAAAACCAAACGUUCCGUCAAAUCUGUUCCACCACCUACAGCUUGGACCAACGCAUCUCACUCGCCUGCGGCAGCCAAACUAUUUAAUCAACCAACAACCAACACCAACCACCUACCAACAAGUCAACAGUUUAACGCUUCCCAACCGGACUUCCUUUCGAUCUCGGGCAAGCUCGACAUUAUGUUGAACAAACUCGAUACACUGGCCGUCGAACAAACGAACGCCAAUAAGAACAUUGAAACUCUGUUUAAAGAAGUCAACUGUUGUAAAGAAAACAUUACAGCUAUGCAACAUUUUCUUUUGAAUAAAAUUUGCCCUUUCAUAACCAGAAUUAGCAACUUCUGUCUAGGCACUAUCAAUCCAAAGAACAAAGAAAAACUCGAGAAGUUCUUCUCCACUUACCAAGACGACCUCCAAUCAUUAGUAAUCAAUAGCUCUAAUCGCCUGGAACAUCCACAGGAGCGACAAAAUCCCCAUAUAAAUGAACGCAACAGCUAA